AUGGCGUCUACAUCUUUUUCUGAGGAGGAUUUCUCUUGUCCUGUGUGCUGUGAUGUUUUUAAAAAUCCUGUUCUUCUGUCCUGUAGUCACAGUGUGUGUGAAGAGUGUAUUCAGAAGUUUUGGAAAAGUAAAAGAUUGAAAGAAUGUCCAGUUUGCAGAAGAAGAUCAUCAAAGGAUCAUCCUCCAUUAAAUCGGGGUUUGAAGAAUCUGUGUGAGACUUUCUUACAGGAGAAAAGUCAAAGAUCUUCUUCAGGAUGUGAAGCAGUCUGCAGUCUUCAUGAAGAGAAACUCAAACUCUUCUGUCUCGAUGAUCAACAGCCGGUGUGUUUGGUGUGUCGAGAUUCCAGAACACACAAAAAACAAAAUUUCUGUCCUGUAGAUGAAGCUGAGAAACUCAAAACUGCACUAAAACCCUUACAGGAGAAACUGAGAAUAUUUGAGGAGUUUAAACAGAAUUUGGAUCAAACUGCAGAACAUAUUAAGUUUCAGGCUCGACACACAGAGAGGAAGAUUAAUGAGGAGUUUGAGAAACUUCACCAGUUUCUACAUGAUGAAGAGGCAGCCAGAAUAACAGCACUGAGAGAGGAAGAGGAGCAGAAGAGUCAGAUGAUGAAGGAGAAGAUUGAGAAGAUGAGCAGACAGAUUUCAUCUCUUUCACACACAAUCAGAGUCAUAGAGGAGCAGAUGACAGCUGAAGAUCUUUCAUUCCUACAGAACUUGAAGAGCACAGUGGAAAGAACCCAGUGUACACCAGCAGAUCCAGAGAACAUUUCAGGAGUUCUGAUCAAUGUCCCAAAACAUCUGAGCAACCUGAAGUUCACUGUGAUACGGAAGAUGCAGGAAAAUGUUCAAUACACUCCAGUGACUUUGGACCCCAACACUGCUCACAGUAAUCUCAUCGUGUCUGAUGAUCUGAUCAGUGUGAGACUCAGUGAAGAGAAACAGCUGCUUCCUGAUAAUACUGAGAGAUUUGAUAUGUCUCUGUCUGUUUUGGGUUCAGAGGGUUUUAAUUCAGGGAUUCACUGUUGGGAUGUUCAGGUUGGAGACUGUACACGCUGGUGUUUGGGUGUGAUGACAGAAUCUGCUCAGAGGAAGAAGCAAAUAUUCUCCAGGAGUGGAUUCUGGUGUGUGUGGUUUAAUGAUGGUAAAUAUGAUGCAUUCAUUUCACCUGAUCAAACAUCUCGUGUCUCAGUGAAAGAGAAACUCCAGAGAAUCAGAGUUCAGCUGGACUGUUACAGAGGAAAACUGUCAUUCUCUGAUCCUCUCACUAACACACACAUACACACUUUCACACACACGUUUACUGAGAGAAUAUUUCCAUUGUUCGUUGUUAAAUGUAAAAUUUCUCCUCUGAUGAUCUUACCAGUGAACUCCUCUGAAAAAAAGACUUAA